AUGGCGGACACCAAUCCCAAUCCCUCCGGCUCGGAGCCAAAUGCCAAUACUGCUGCCACGGACACACCAUUGCUGGACUUCGCAUCACCGCCCAAGCUACCCGUCCCAAGUCCAACAGAAUACCCGCGCUGCCACCCAGACGGCCGCCCCUUGACCGAAGCCGAAGUCGAAGCUCAAGAAGCGCUCAAACGAGCCGAACGACAAGCAACGCCCGAACCCAGCAACUUUGCCAUCGCAUUUCCCGACAACUUACCCAGCCCACCAUUCUUGCACGUCGAUGGAAUUCCCAACUUUCGCGAACUAGGUGGAUAUCGAUGUCUUCCACCAUCGUCAAAAUCCCAGGUGGACUCCUCCUCCACCACCACCAUCUCCUCCAACUCAACUUACGUCCUUCGUCGCGGCAUACUCUUCCGCUGCGCCCAUCCGACCCAUCUAACCCCAAAAGGAGCCGAGUACUUGACCCGCACACUCAAUGUCCACGACAUGUACGAUCUCCGCUCCGCGCCCGAAAUCGCACGUCUCGCAACCACCGUCGCCAACAGUCCCAAGGACGUAUACCCUCUCGCCGACCCAGAAACAGGAUGCGUCGACAACGUUCCCGGCCUAAACCGACACUUCACGCCCGUCUACCAAACUGAAGACUAUGGCCCUGUAGCUCUCGCGACCAAACUCCAAUGGUACACGACCGUCCACAUGCACGACGAGGAAGUCGGAUUCGCAUACUCUGAGGGCUUUGUCAAAGCGUAUCGCGACAUUGCGACGCAUGGUGGCUCAAAGGGUGCUUAUGCGACCAUGUUUCGCCAUUUAUUGGAAAAGCCAAACGAUCCGCUUUUGUUCCAUUGUACGGCCGGCAAGGAUCGGACGGGUGUCUUUGCUGCGCUCGUGUUGAAAUUGGUUGGUGUCGAUGAGGAGACGAUUUGUUGGGAGUAUGCGCUUACGGAGCCGGGACUGGGAGAGUGGCGGAACCAGUUUAUUGAUCGGAUGACGCAGACGGGGUUGGGGUCUGGUGGUGGGACGGGUCAUCCUAAGAUUCAGACGGAGGGUAGUGCGAAAGUUGAGAGGCCUGGAAUUACAAGAGAACAGGCCGCUUUGAUUUGUGGCUCUCGUGCUGGAAAUAUGCGUGCUUUCCUCAGGACCGUGGUGGAUGGCGAGUUUGGGGGUAUUGAUAACUAUCUGGUUCAGAAGUGUGGGUUGACGAAGCAAGAAGUUACCAAGUUAAGAGAUGGGUUGAUUGAGACCGUGCCUGAGGAUCGAGUUGUCACGCCGGUGGGGAUUGAUGGGUGGACGCCGGAGGGUGGUGUCGUUGAUCGUUAG